AUGAGCAGCAACUGCCUCAACAUCCUGAAAUCACAACUAAAAGGAGUACUCCUAUCACUUUGUUUCUUCACCAAAACCAAACUGUCCCUUUUCCCAUACCCUCACGCAAAGCUCAGAGUUUCAUCUUUCUCAUCAACCAUAACUGCAAAAACUGCAAACCUAAAUGGCAAUCUCUCUCCAAAAGAGCAAGCUUUCCUCUCACUCUUCAAGAAUUGUUCCACCAUGAAACAUGUAAACCAAAUCCAUGCCCGCCUUGUCCACACAGGCCUUGAUCAGAACCUGUAUCUUGUUGGCAAGAUCAUUGUGUUUUGCGCCGUUUCGGACCGUGGUUCAAUGGAUUAUGCAGUUUCUGUUUUUGAAAACAUUGAGAACCCAGAUGGGUUUCUUUGGAACACCAUGAUUAGGGGGUUCGGAAGGACGAGUCGAGUCGGUGAAGUUUUCGAUUACUACAAGAGAAUGCAAGAAAAGGGAGAAGUAGCAAACAAUUUCACACUCUCUUUUUUGCUAAAAGUGAAUGGGCAACUGGGAUCAGCUAUGUUGGGAAAGCAAUUGCAUUGUUGUACUUUGAAACUUGGCCUCGAAACCCACGUGUUUGUGAGGAACACUAUCAUUCACAUGUACGGUUUGUUGAGGGACAUUGAAACUGCCUGCCAACUGUUUGAAGAAAUACCUAGACCGGAUUUGGUAGCUUGGAAUACCAUCAUUGAUUGCCAUGUCCAUUGUGGAAAACAUAAACAAGCACUUGAGCUGUUUUCAAGAAUGUUGAGAAGCAAUAUAAAGCCGGAUGAGGCGACGUUGGUUGUGACCCUUGCAGCAUGCUCUGCGUUGGGUGCAUUGGAGUUUGGGAGGUGGAUUCACUCAAUUAUUGGCCAAGCUACUCUUUUCGACGGCGUUUCAGUAUGUAAUGCUUUGAUUGACAUGUAUGCAAAGUGUGGAGCAGUUGAAGAAGCGUACAGCGAAUUCAAUGGGAUGAGUAAGAGGAACAUAGUAUCGUGGAAUUCCAUGAUUUUGGGGUUAGCAAUUCACGGACAUGUUAAUGAAGCAUUGGUGCUUUUCUCGGAACUGUUAGAAGAUAAGCUUGAGAUACCAAAUGGUAUUACUUUCUUAGGCGUUCUAUGUGCUUGUAGCCACGGAGGGAUGGUUGACGAAGGAAGAAGGUACUUCGACUGUAUGAGGAAAGAAUACCAUAUCCAGCCAACAAUAAAGCAUUAUGGAUGCAUGGUGGAUAUUUUGGGCCGAGCUGGGUUAGUGGAGGAGGCUUAUGAGUUGACAAGGGGCAUGCCAAUGGAAUGCAAUGCAAUUGUUUGGAGGACUUUGUUAGCUUGUUGCCGGUUGCACGGUAACGUUGAACUAGGGGAGAAAGUAAGGAGGCACCUUAUGAAUUUGGAACCAGACCAUAGUAGUGAUUAUGUUCUUUUAGCAAACACGUAUGCGAGCAUGGGUCAGUGGGAUGACAUGGCUAGAGUGAGAAAAUCAAUGAGAGAAAAGGGAGUACAAAAGCUGAAACCUGGGAAUAGCCUCGUUGGUGUGUGUAUCCCAAGUUGACAGAGACAGCCGGGGCUUUGGUAGAGACUAGAGAGAAAAGUUUACUGUUCAGAUGGAGCCGUGAAACCUUUGUAGGAUGAUUUGCAAUGUAUCAAGUAUUUUAGAAUACAUGGAUUCAUGAGCUCUGGCAAGAAGAUAGGUGAACAUUCAACCAUAUAGUUAUGACAAACGGGUCACAGUAUGAAAAGGUACAUGCCAAUGUCUUUUCUCAAUAUUGUUUUGUAAAAGCCUUAACUGAAGUUCAGAUCACUUAACAUGAACAAGAUCAAAUUAUGAGA